CACACGCACACACACACACAUUCAGAAAGCCCCAGCAGUGCCUGUGUGCCCGUACCGGAGGAGCUCAGUGCAGUGUGUUUGUGAAUGUGCUUACACACUGUCUGUUCAUGCCUUGUGGGGACGACAGGUGAAGAUCCAGGAUGGAGGCUUAUAUCGUGGGCAUCUGCAUCGCCGUCUGCGGGAACUUCCUGAUCAGCAUCUCCUUGAACAUCCAGAAAUACACACACGUGCGUCAGUCUCAGCGCGGGACACGGCCGUACUACACCAGCCGUGUGUGGUGGGUCGGGGUGCUGCUGAUGGGGUUGGGGGAGCUGGGCAACUUCAGUGCGUACGGGUUCGCCCCCGCCUCGCUCAUCGCUCCGCUGGGGUGUGUGUCUGUCAUCGCCAGCGCCGUCAUCUCUGUGGUGUUCCUCAAGGAGACUCUACGCGCUUCAGACGUCCUGGGAGGCGCUCUGGCUCUCACCGGCACCUACUUCCUGGUCACCUUUGCCCCUCACUCGUCCCCUCAUGUGACGGCCAACAUGGUGGAGCGCUCGCUGGUCAGCUGGACCUUCCUCAUAUACUUCAUGUCUGAGGUGCUGCUCUUCGCCAUUCUGAUGUACCUGUACAAGUGCAGGAACGUGAAGCACAUCAUCAUCAUGAUGAUCCUGGUGGCACUGCUGGCCUCGGUGACGGUGAUCUCGGUGAAGGCUGUGUCUGGAAUGAUCACGGAGACCCUGCGCGGGAGUCACCUGCAGCUCACCUACCCUAUAUUCUACAUCAUGUUCAUCAUCAUGAUCACUUCCUGUGCAUUCCAGAUCAAGUUUCUGAAUGAGGCCAUGAAGCUCUUCGACGCCACAGAGAUCGUCCCCAUCAACUACGUGUUCUUCACCGCCAGUGCUGUCGUGGCCGGCAUUCUGUUCUAUGAGGAGUUUUACGGCAUCUCUCUGGUUCACGUCCUCAUGUUCGGUGUCGGGUGUCUGCUGGCGUUCACUGGAGUGUUCCUGAUCGCUCGAGCUCGACCCAGGAUAAAGAUGGACAGUGUGUUCAUCUCCAUGGGGCAGAUGCCAGGGAAGAGCUGUACAGAUAAAGUGCAGCCGCAGACGGACGACAGUAAAUACGGGACCCUGGCGUCUAAAUUCUCCUGCAGCAGCUCAAACACACCAGACGAGCUGUAACAGCGCCACCUGCAGGACAGAACAGCACUAACAGCGUGUGUGUGUGUGUGAAUGCAUAACCCAGGGCAGCAGAAGUGUUGUGUUUUCAUAAUAAAGGAGUGUGAUGUGAACAGCG